CCCAGGUUCCUGGAAGAGCAUUCACAGUUUUGCAGCUUGAGGUUUGAACACACGAAGAGAAGCUGGAUUACAGUUUAACAUGUUGCUGGCUGUGUUGGUUCUGUGUAGUGUAGUGCUAUGGACACACUCAUACAACUCCAGUGAGAUUCUUCCCCAGUCAGAUUUUGAUCUGCAACAGUUUACAGGUGAAUGGUAUCGUGUUGGCUGGGCUUAUGACCACCCAUUAGUUAUUAAAUACAAAAGCACAUUUUUAGUCUCAAGAGGUCAUCUGAUCGCUAAUGAACAUGGAGGAGCCAACCUUACAAUGUGGACAAUGAAUAGCCAAAAGACGUGCGAUGUAAGUUCUUAUAUGUAUAAGAAGACAGAGCUUCCUGGAGCUUUUACUUAUUUCAGUCAAAGGCACAAGAUUGAAAAGGACAUUACAGUGGUGGAGACUAACUACACUGACUACGGGGUCGUCCUGAAGUACAAGAAUAUGAACAAAGAAUACACUCAGCUGGCUCUCUAUGGGCGAAAGCCAGAACUUCCUAUUGAGCUGGUAGAACAAUUCAGAUCCUUUGCCUUGUCUAUCGGGUUUCCAGAGGGGGCCAUCGUUACACCAGUCAUUUUGGACCCAUGUCCUCUUCCAGAACCAAGUAAUAUGACAGAACUGCUGGACUAGAAGAGUCAGGUCCUUUCCCUGGUUUCCGGUCCAGCUGGUGUUGUAUCAGUGCAGUAGAUUAAGUUACAACUGUUAUCCAGAUGUUAUCCUGAUCUUUGGUAAAAAGAAAUUCUGUGCAACUGUUGGUGCUUGUCAUUAUUAUAUAAUCACAGCUCUUCCUCUUAUGUACAGUAAAUAAUAAGUAAUAACAGACUGAAUUGUUAUACUGUUAUAUACUUGUGGAAUUUCUUAUUUGUUAUAAUAAUUUACAAGUAAGAAUAAAAAAUGUUGCAGUGAUAUUCCUGUGAUAUUUCUUUUACUCACCAGAGGUCAGUGUUGUAAAAUUGUACAAGUUUUUAGUUUUCCUCUAGAAUUGGCCCAAUUUGCAGUCACUGGUUUAUUUUAUAUCUAAUAGUAUGGUUUGAACAUACAUUCAAUUAAUUGUGUCACAAUAAUGACAUUAUUAAGGUAAAGAGUUUUAUUACCUGUUAUUUUCUGCUUAGUUCAAAACUCCAUAUUAGUUUUCAUUGGUAAAAAUUAUUUCUGUUCUUUACACUGCAAAGAAAUUAUAUAAAUCAAAUCUUGUCUUGCACGUAGGCAUGUUUAACUACUAUUUCUCAUUAACAGACUUGAUUCAUUUACAGCUUGUCUGAGUCUAUUCUAUUUUCUGAUUCUAUGAGCAGAUCAUUAGCUUUUUUAGGUGUUUGUUUCUAGAAACAAGCACAAUUAUCUGAAUAACAGUAAGACAAUUUUAAGACAAUAUGAACAAAGACUUGAAUACAAUACAGUAUAGAACUUAAUGAUGUUCAUAAUGAAGAGUUAUUUUAAUAGCUCUGUUUCAUUUGCUAAGAUAUAUGAAUUUGUAUUGAAAAUAUUUGUACAGUAAAUGUUAAACAUUACGUAA